ACCGCACGCCUGUGCUCACCUCAACUUAAUCCCAACUUAGUCGUAACUUAAUUCGAAAAUAUAUACAAAAAAUUAACUUUAAACAGUGUCUAACUUGACAGUGAUGUAUAAAAGUGUGCUUUGUGUAAUCUAAGUGAGAGUUAAGUUAAAGUUUUGACUUAAGUUAGCGAGUGCAAAACUUUUUGUUUUGAUUUUGUUUUUUUUUGUUUGAUUAUGGUAGUGGAAUGUUUAAUUUUAAGUGUAGUGCUUCAUAUUUGUAUCAGUUAUGUGCUAUUUUCGUUUGAAUUGUGUUUUUAAGUUACGUCAUUUUAGAAUUCAGUAGAAGUGCAGUUUUGGAUACAUAGAUUUCUUUUAUCUCAAAAGUUGAUAGGAAACCAAACAAUUACGUAAAUCGUGUACAUUUAACGUGAACUUUUGAAAAUAACUGACAUAACGAUGUGUAAAAGUGACAGUGACAGUUCAAUAAUGUGACAGCUGUCAUUUUAAAGCAAUAUGGCGUCGUUUGGUGUGUUUCGGUUCCUCGUGCUGCUGGCUGCGUUAGUGUGGAUCCUGGCUGAGGAGAGGAAUGAGACACGGAAACUUUAUCCAUGGACCAAUGGCAGUUGGUUCAACAUGGGUCUCCUAGAAUUCGAGAAAUGGUCGAACCAGCCAUUCCUCUUUAAAGAAAAGUCCCGGUUUUGCGCCAGGCUCCGUGGACUCACGCCAGGCCAACGUCGAGUGUGUCGACGUCACAAGGACCAUAUGCCAGUUGUCAGUUCUGGAGUGAAGCAGGGAAUCUCUGAAUGCCAGUAUCAGUUCCAAGGUAGAAGGUGGAACUGCACUGUGACGGGGGACGAAACUGUAUUCGGACCAUUGACUUUGAUUGCAUCAAGAGAAACGGCAUUCACACACGCGAUUACAUCGGCCGGGGUGUCGCUCUCUGUGUCUCGGGCUUGCCGCGACGGGCGUCUGUCGAGCUGUAGUUGUAGCCGCGCCGCCAGACCACGGAACCUACACUCCGACUGGGUGUGGGGAGGAUGUGGCGACAAUCUCGAAUAUGGCUACAAGUUUACAGAAGUAUUCGUAGAUAUCAGAGAGCGAGAGCGCAAAGUAAAGCGAGGCAGUCGGGAGCAAGGCAGGCAGCUUAUGAACAGGCAUAACAAUGAGGCUGGAAGACGGGCGGUGAUAGCGAAGUCCCGUGUGACGUGCAAGUGUCACGGCGUGUCGGGCUCCUGCAGCCUUAUUACAUGCUGGCAACAACUGCCCACCUUUAGGGAGAUUGGUGACUUCUUAAAGGACAAAUACGAAGGGGCGACAGAAGUGAAAGUGUCUAGGAGAGGAAAACUGAGGCUCAGCAACCCACACUACACGCUGCCCACUGCACAGGACCUGGUCUAUCUCGAGGAGUCACCCAACUACUGCGUCAAGAACGAAACACUGGGAUCAUAUGGCACGACAGGCCGGCAGUGUAACAGAACGUCAUCAGGCAUGGAUGGCUGUGCCCUCAUGUGCUGCGGUAGAGGCUACAACACACGGCGAGUCACCGUCAAAGAGCGAUGCGGAUGCAAAUUCCAUUGGUGCUGCCGCGUAGAAUGUAACACCUGUGUCAAAACCACCGAGUUAUACACUUGUAAAUAGUUUUAUCUGCAAGCUACACAUGCUUCUCCAAUCGAAUCAACAAGUCUAUAAAUUGAAAUUGGUUAAAAUAUGAGGCUUACUCACAUAAACUUUCAAUAUACUUAUAAACCGUCUGCAGUUCAUGAUUAUAAGCCCCUAUGUUGUUUGAAACUGGUCGAGCGUCAGCAAACAGUUCACAGCAAGUCGUAUAUUUUAAUCAAUCUAAUACGCCUCACGAUAGUAAAUUCUUAUAAAUGAAAAUAUUUCUUUUAUCUAAUUUUUAUUUCAUACUUAUUAUACAGAAAUAAAUAGAUGUUUGAGAAACAAAUGUCUUGACGUGUCAACAUCUCGAUCUAUUGAUGAUACAUGUUAAUAUGUAUUAUAAUGGCUUUCCUAAUUUAAUCAGAAUCUCAAUUUUAUAUAUUAAAUUAUUUCUUGCAUAAUAAUUAUUUCUUAAUGUACUGCUCAUUAUUUAUUCUGUAGUUCUUUAUUCUACCUAUUUUUAAUAUCAGGUAGAUCAUAGACAUAAUUGUGAUAAAGCUUGAAGAGUACUUAAACUAGGUGUAAGUUUUGAAGUUUAUAAUAAUGGAGCGACUGUUGUUGUUUUAAAGUAGUUACGUUAUGUUACUGUAACUCGUAGGUAAUUAAUGUAAACCGUUAAAUACUCAUUAGCUAAUAAUUAUAUUAUCUAUUUCUACCAACUAUUUGUAAAUAGAAUAUUUUUAGUCCCUAAGUACAUCUCUGUUAAAUUAUUGCCAUUAAUUUGU